AUGCCUCUGAGUAGGACGCAGUACUCCAGCUCUGCAUCUUCCCAGGACCUCCUGAGCUCCCCGGAGCAAGCCUUAAGUUAUGCAGGCGUGGACCUCACACCUGCACUCCUGUCCCCCGCCACACACAGCUCUCAUCACGUGGCCAAGCCGGCUCAGACCCCCCUGCCCCGACGCGCGCUCCGCCCCGCUGGCCGCGCCCCACCUACCGCCCACUUAGGGCCACGCCCUCCGCACGCCCCGGCCCCGCCCACUUCACGCCCCGCUCUCAGUGCGCUCAGUUUUUUCGCCCGCUGCCCGGAACUCUGCGUUGCGGACGAGUUUCUAGAGGAGGGAAUUCGACAUUGGAUUCCGACCCAACUCGCGCUCAGGCGGCGAGUGCGGCGCAUGGCGGACUUCCUGCUGGGGAGGCAGGCAGCCCGCAGAGCCCGGCUCCCCGGCCAGGUUGCCGGCGCCCCGAAUUCUUCCGGUGUCCGGCUCUGCUCUGGACCCUCCGUAGGCGGUGAAGGAGACGCAUCGGCGAAGAAGCAAAAAGAGAAGACCCGGGACAGAGUCUUUGUGGCAAAUGGCGGCGAAAAGGCCUCAGAGAGCCCCGCCCCAGAGGAGGGCCUCCUAAGUGCCGAGGCCCAGGCGGAGCAGCUGGCCCGGGAACUGGCCUGGUGCGUGGAGCAGCUGGAGCUGGGCCUCAGGACGCAAAGACCCACCCCGAAACAGAAAAAGCAGGCUGUUGGAGCCAUCCGGACUCUGCGCAGUGGAAGAACCCCCCUGCCCCGGAAGAGGCAGCUAAUGCGCUCCUUGUUUGGAGAUUACAGGGCUCAAAUGGAAGAAGAAUGGCAUCGGGCACUGCGGGCGCUCAGGGCUGAUGCCCAUUCAGCUCAGGUGCAGUCUGUAGGUGCCACCACCAGAAAGAAGAGCAGAAGGGUCUGCAGACUUCGUCCAAGAGGGGGAGCCAAGACCACUAUGGACACUCCUGUGGAAGAGUUUAAGUUCAAUUUUUUUUAGCCUCUCCCUUAUCCUGGAGCAGCCACCCUCCCCCAGUGGCGUGAGAGGAGCCUUCCCAGCAGAUAGAGGGUUGGUCUGUCCCUGGCUGGUUUGUAGAGUUUAAGUUCAAUUUUUUUAGCCUCUCCCUUAUCCUGGAGCAGCCACCCUCCCCCAGUGGCGUGGGUUACAGAACCUUCCCAGCAGAUACGGGGUUGGUCUGUCCCUGGCUGGUUUGUAGAGUUUAAGUUCAAUUUUUUUAGCCUCUCCCUUAUCCUGGAGCAGCCACCCUCCCCCAGUGGCGUGGGUUACAGAACCUUCCCAGCAGAUACGGGGUUGGUCUGUCCCUGGCUGGUUUGUAGAGUUUAAGUUCAAUUUUUUUAGCCUCUCCCUUAUCCUGGAGCAGCCACCCUCCCCCAGUGGCGUGGGUUACAGAACCUUCCCAGCAGAUACGGGGUUGGUCUGUCCCUGGCUGGUUUGUAGAGUUUAAGUUCAAUUUUUUUAGCCUCUCCCUUAUCCUGGAGCAGCCACCCUCCCCCAGUGGCGUGGGUUACAGAACCUUCCCAGCAGAUACGGGGUUGGUCUGUCCCUGGCUGGUUUGUAGAGUUUAAGUUCAAUUUUUUUAGCCUCUCCCUUAUCCUGGAGCAGCCACCCUCCCCCAGUGGCGUGGGUUACAGAACCUUCCCAGCAGAUACGGGGUUGGUCUGUCCCUGGCUGGUUUGUAGAGUUUAAGUUCAAUUUUUUUAGCCUCUCCCUUAUCCUGGAGCAGCCACCCUCCCCCAGUGGCGUGGGUUACAGAACCUUCCCAGCAGAUACGGGGUUGGUCUGUCCCUGGCUGGUUUGUAGAGUUUAAGUUCAAUUUUUUUAGCCUCUCCCUUAUCCUGGAGCAGCCACCCUCCCCCAGUGGCGUGGGUUACAGAACCUUCCCAGCAGAUACGGGGUUGGUCUGUCCCUGGCUGGUUUGUAGAGUUUAAGUUCAAUUUUUUUAGCCUCUCCCUUAUCCUGGAGCAGCCACCCUCCCCCAGUGGCGUGGGUUACAGAACCUUCCCAGCAGAUACGGGGUUGGUCUGUCCCUGGCUGGUUUGUAGAGUUUAAGUUCAAUUUUUUUAGCCUCUCCCUUAUCCUGGAGCAGCCACCCUCCCCCAGUGGCGUGGGUUACAGAACCUUCCCAGCAGAUACGGGGUUGGUCUGUCCCUGGCUGGUUUGUAGAGUUUAAGUUCAAUUUUUUUAGCCUCUCCCUUAUCCUGGAGCAGCCACCCUCCCCCAGUGGCGUGGGUUACAGAACCUUCCCAGCAGAUACGGGGUUGGUCUGUCCCUGGCUGGUUUGUAGAGUUUAAGUUCAAUUUUUUUAGCCUCUCCCUUAUCCUGGAGCAGCCACCCUCCCCCAGUGGCGUGGGUUACAGAACCUUCCCAGCAGAUACGGGGUUGGUCUGUCCCUGGCUGGUUUGUAGAGUUUAAGUUCAAUUUUUUUAGCCUCUCCCUUAUCCUGGAGCAGCCACCCUCCCCCAGUGGCGUGGGUUACAGAACCUUCCCAGCAGAUACGGGGUUGGUCUGUCCCUGGCUGGUUUGUAGAGUUUAAGUUCAAUUUUUUUAGCCUCUCCCUUAUCCUGGAGCAGCCACCCUCCCCCAGUGGCGUGGGUUACAGAACCUUCCCAGCAGAUACGGGGUUGGUCUGUCCCUGGCUGGUUUGUAUCUGGGAUUAUUAGUUCAGCAAGACCUUAUCUGUAGGUUUUCCAAAGAAAUGCCCCUCCUGCCAGAAUAAGGAGAGUUGCAUUUAGAAAAUCGACAAUAAGUUGAAAUAGAUACUGGGUGUGUUGUGGGAAGAAUAUUGUCCCCAGUCUUGAGUAUUAGAUUGAUUAGCUGUUGAGGAUAAGAAUUAGUAGGAAAGCCUUACUGGUGCUCACUUCGAAAGGAUGCCCUGUCAGCUGGCCUGGUACUCAUGCCAUUGUGUUAUAGCACCAUAAUAAAGCUAUUUUUACAAAGAUA